AUGUCACACUCGCCCACGCCCUCGUCCACACCUCCACCCAAGCGCCCAUCCGAAUCCGACCUGCGCAUCUACACAUCGCAACCCUCCCUAGAAGUCCCAGCUGUCAGCGAGGCCGGACGACCGCCCCCCGUCAAGUUUAUGUCAACACCCGCAUACCAGAGCCCGUUACGACACCACAAGCGCGCCGCUUCCUCAACGAGACGUGUGAAGGAAACAUUCAAUGCGCGCUCCGAGUACAGCAACAGCGAAGAUGACGGCAGCGCCCAACACCGCAUCAACCAGUACCUAGUCAAGCAGGAGAUUGGCCGCGGCUCCUUUGGCGCCGUCCAUCUCGCUGUCGACCAGUAUGGCCAAGAAUAUGCUGUUAAGGAAUUCUCCAAAUCCCGACUGCGGAAACGCGCUCAGUCCAACCUCCUGCGCCGCCCGACCGCUGCGAAACGAAUGCGCGCGCUCCCUGCUGGCAUAGGCUUCAAUUCACCGCUGCACCGGCAUUCGGUGACCGAAGAGAACAAUGCUUUCGAGCUGAUCAAGGAAGAAAUCGCCAUCAUGAAGAAGCUGCACCACCCGAACCUGGUCACCUUGAUCGAGGUGCUGGACGACCCAGAAGAGGACUCGCUGUACAUGGUCAUGGAGAUGUGCAAGAAGGGUGUCGUCAUGCAAGUUGGUCUCGAGGAGCGUGCCGACCCCUACAGCGAAGAGCAGUGUCGGUGUUGGUUCAGAGACAUGAUACUGGGUCUCGAGUACCUUCACGCCCAGGGUAUUAUCCAUCGAGACAUCAAGCCCGACAACUGCCUAAUCACCGAAGAGGACGUGCUAAAAAUAGUCGAUUUCGGAGUCUCAGAAAUGUUCGACAAGGAAGGCGAGAUGAAGACGGCCAAGUCAGCGGGUUCGCCAGCGUUCAUGCCCCCGGAGCUGUGCGUUGCCAAACAUGGCCAUGUUUCUGGAAGAGCCGCCGACAUAUGGUCCAUGGGCUGCACACUAUACUGCCUUCUUUUCGGUCGUAUACCAUUCGAAAAGCACGGUAUGAUCGAGCUUUACCAAUCGAUACGGAUGGACCCAUUGGAAUUUGAGACUGAAUGCAAUCCCGAGCUGAAGGAUCUUCUGGUCAGGCUCAUGGACAAGGACCCCAAAAAGAGGAUAACCAUGGAAGAGAUCAGAGAACACCCAUGGGUCACGCGACAAGGGACGGACCCUUUAUUAGCAAAGUCGGAGAACGUCGCCAUCAUCAUCGAUCCGCCUACCGAUGAGGAAGUCAAUGCUGCCAUCACUGGCAACAUGGGUCACUUGGUAACAGUGGUACGGGCAGUGAAGCGGUUCAAGCAGCUGCUCUUCAGACGGCGACCAGACCGCAUAGAAAGUAUACUGGGCAGUGCCUCGCGAAUCGUUCAGCCGCCCAUGUCCAUGCGACCAUCAGCACUACGCAAAUCAAAAUCACAAGACACACACGACCGCCGACCAGUUGAGAGCGCUCUCUCCUCCGAGGGUGUACACCAUCAGAUCAAAAUCGACGAAAAGGGCCAGCGACUUCCCCAUAACAUGGACGACAUGGCAUACACCAAACCUGGUCUCCGACCUGAGGUGGCAGGGAAGCGUUCAGCCAGCAAGGGAUCUACUUCUAACAGUCCGACGACGCCGACGGCCCCAGGUCUCAGUGAAGCCAAGAUCAUCCACGAGAACAUGUCAAUCCGGCCAGCGCCCAUACAUUCCAUCUCAACUCCCGGUGGCCUCGCCCCCUCAUCAUCAGCGCCAACUACACCUCUCGGCAAAGGCCACGCACACAACCCACUAGAAGACACCCUCUUCCUCAACAUCGGCACAGGCGAAGACUUCCUCCCCGAACCCGAAGACGGCUGCAUCGUCUCCGAAUCCCCCUCCAACGUCGACAUCAACGUCUACGAGACCGCCUACGAAGAAGAAGUCCAACGCAUCAUCGCCCAACGUCGCGAGCAAUUCGCCGCUGCCGCCUCCGCCGCCGCCCGUCGUCCUACCUUGUACCUAACGCGCCGCGUCGAGAACGUCAAAUCCAUCCGCGACAGCGACGCCAUCUUCGACGAGGGCCAGGAUCUACGUCAGAAUAUCAAAGUCAGUCUCAAGUCUUUCGUUACUAAAACUAAAGAGGAUAUCGAAGCGAGAGGUGAACUGCAGAAAAUCCAAGAUGGCAAAGAGGGCAAGCUUAGCAGAACCAUGCGCAAUGUACGUGAGGCUAAGCGUCUUGUGGAGGAGGCUCGGGAGCGAGUCAAAACCGAAGAGAGGGAUCGCGAGAGAGAGCGCAGUAGGAGUGCGACGCCAGUACUGCGGACUAAUAGUUCGGCUAGUGUGCUUAGUCGGAGUGGGACGCCUGUGGGGAGUUGA